GUUACUCUUCCAAGCUUACAUUCGACAUCGAUAACAUUGAAAGUCAAGAAAAUAGAAAAACAGGGGCACACAUGUUGGUGAAGUGAAUCUUUUACUGUUUCUCUAAUUGAAAACAUGCCGUCCUAUGAAGUGUCCAUUAUUGCUAAAUCAUUAGCUAAGACGGAAACAGUGCAGGUGUUGAAGCGAGUUUGUCAAACGAUAUGGAAUGGAGAAGGUGUGAUAAAGAGGGUUGAACACCUUGGGGUGAGGGACACCCCGUACAAAAUGUCCAGCCCUGAUGGACAGAGGUGGACACAGGCAAGGUAUGUUCUAUUAGAUGUUGAUAUGUCCAUUCCAAAUUCUAGGACAAUAUUGUCUGAAGUGAGAAAAGACUUUGAUGUGAUCAGGACAAAUGCCAUUAGAUUGGAUCAAUCUUUCAUCAGACCUUGUACUUCUGGAAGACAAUGUGAAUUUGGUGAAAUAUCAAUCGAUGAAACAAAAAGGAAAAACUGGAAAAGGAACAAGUUAAAGAAAACUUACAUGAGAACACAAAAUAGAGAAAAAUAAAUCAUGAUAAUCAAG